CCCCCCCUUCCCCUGGAUCCUGCCCCUUGGGGCACUUCCCCACCCUGCCCCCAACUUCAGGGAACUUUCCAGUCCUGCCCCCUCCGUGGUGGGCGGCCGGGAUGCCCGGAGCCCCCCAGUACUGCCCCGUGACCUUUGACCUGCCCUGUGACCUUUGAUCUGCAGGUGAGCUACAAUCAGGGGGGCACCGUAGCCCUCCAUUUGCUGCGCCACCCGCGGGGAUGUCGCCGCCCCCGCCUCCGUGUCUGGCCGGAGACCCCGGCAUGGGCCCGGUGUGGCCCCGGCCCCGGUGAGCCGGCGCAGGGACCAUGAGUGGCGCCCGGAAGAAAAGCAGCUUCCAGAUCACCAGCAUCACCAGCGAGUUCGAGCCGCCGGCGGCGCCGCCCGCCCCGGAGCCGCCCGAGGACACGGCCGCGCCGCGCAACGGGCCGCCCGGUGCUGCCUCCCGCUUCCGCCUGGUGAAGCUGGACCAGGGCCCGGGCGAGCCCUUCAAACGGGGCCGCUGGACCUGCCUGGAGUUCUACGACCAUGACCCUGAGCACCAGGCUGUGGGGCGGCUCCUGGGCGCCCCCCGGCACCCACAGUCCCUCGACUCCCGCCUGGAGCUGGCUGGGCUGCUGCCCAAGCCCCACGGCUACUUCAGCCCCCCGCCACCGCUGCGUGGGCACGGCCACUCCCAGGGCACGGCCCAUCCCGGCGAGCACUUGCCCCACUCGCUGGGGGGCGGGGAGAGGACGCCUGGGGGCAGAGCUCACAGCCAUGGGGCCGCCGCGGAGCCGAGCCUGGGGGUCGAAGAGCUGCUGCUACCCCACAGCCUCGCCCAGCGCAUCCGGAGGGAGAUGGAGGAGCGGCACAAGGUGCCACCCCGAGGCUCCCGCCCCUCAUCCCCAGCCCCCCCGUUCUUCCGGGAAGGGAGCCCUGUCCGGAGGGGGUCAGACCCCUUUGGAGGCCUGGCCCGCUCCAUGUUCGCUAUGGGGGGCCACCAGGACAGCGAUGAUGAAAGGUGAGGCGGGAUUUCCUGUCCGCUGCGCCUGGUGGAGGGCGGGACUUCCUGGUUUGCCGAGGAGUGGGUUUGGGGC